AUCACUAUGAAAGGUUUAUAUUGGCAGCAGAAUUCUGAAAAAGAAAGAGAGUUCAUCUUCCUGGAAAAGGAUAGCCUUCCUAUUGUGAGUGACCACCAUGUAAAAGUGCAAGUUAAAGCCUGUGCUCUUAGCUGGAUUGAUAAAAAGUUUUUAUCAGAAAUAAAAAAAGAGAAGAAAGUUCUACCUGUUGGAAGGGAAAUUGCUGGUGUUGUGUUGGAAAUUGGAAAUAAAGUGUCUUCCUUUAAGAUUCAAGAUGAGGUAGUAGGUAUUUUACCAUUGGAUUCAGAAGAAUCUGGAUUGUGUGAAGAGAUUCUGGUUCAUGAGCAUUAUUUAGUUCGCAAACCUGAAAAAAUCUCCUGGAUGGAAUCAGCUGGGACCAUUUGUGACGGUCUUCGUGCAUAUACAGCUCUACAUUAUCUGUCCUAUGUUUCUGAUGGAAAAAACGUGCUGAUAAUGGAUGGUGCAAGUUCAUUUGGUACAAUAGCUAUUCAGUUAGCGCAACACAGAGGAGCAAAGGUGAUUUCUACUGUGUAUAAUCUUGAAGACAAACAGCGUCUUGAGAGGACUGUUCCUUCUGUAGUUCGGAUUAUAGAUGUCUCGAAUGGAAAAUAUGACCUGACAGAAAGUUGUUUAGAGGAGACAGGUGGAUUAGGAGUGGAUAUCAUCAUUGAUGCAGGAGUGAGACUGCAUGAUAAAGACAAUGAAACAACUUCACAACAAUUGCUACCCCACAAGCAUGACAUCAUUACGUUACUUAGUGCUGCAGGGCACUGGAUUACGACUGAAAAAAAUCUUCAGUUGGAUCCUCCAGAUUGUCGAUAUCUUUUCCUGAAAGGUGCUUCAGUUUCUUUUCUGAAUGAGGAAAUUUGGAAUUUGUCAAGUAUGCAACAAGGAAAAUAUCUAUCUAUUUUGGAAGAUGUAAUGGAGAAGUUAUCAAGCGGAGUUUUCAAACCUCAUCUGGAUAAACCUUUACCAUUAUAUGAAGCUAAAGUUUCUAUGGAAUUAGUUCAGAAGAAUCAAGCAAGAAAAAAACAAGUUAUCCAACUAUGAAGUUUCUACAAUUUGAACUGUAAAAAGUGAAGUUAAUAUAUUAAUGCAUAGUUGUUAAAUGUCUAUCAAUUGUCUUCAGCCUAUAUCUGAAACAGUUUUUAAUAACUAUAGGUUGAGUCCCUUGUAACCUUAGAUCUAAUUCAUGUGUCUAAAAAAACCAUAGAACUUAGCUUUGGCUAUUGUGUACUGCUUUUGUUUGGCUUUUUUAUUUUGAGGGGAGGGGUGACUGCAUGCUCAUUCAGAUGAAAAAAGGAGAAUCCUAUGAUGUUACGGAAAACUACAUAUUUGAUCCAAGUUUAGACAAAGCAUGAAAUCAGUAGGACAAGUUUACUAUGAAUCGAAGUGACGGCCAAGAUUUUUCAAAAAAGACUUUAAGUCUAGAUUUUUGGUUUGACUGAAUGUUUUCUUUAAUGUUCCAUCAUAAAUGGGAAACUAUGAGCAGCAUAUUGUAACUUUGUAAUUUUCUUUUAUUACAUUUUGUUUCUAUCUUUAUUAGAAUUGUCACAUAAACUUCUGUUUCAUUUACAAAGAGCAAGGCACAUUAAAAUAAACCUGAGUAAAGUUGGAAAAGCAUUUCAUAAUACAAUAAAGAGAUUUCUCCAAUUCGGA